AUUGGUCCCGAUUGGAAGGUUGAAAGCGCGGGGGACAAAGAGGGACGGGGAAGUGUUUUUAAAGGGCAGGAAAGCGAGCUUAGCGGGUUGUCUGUGUGUGACAAUGUAGCUGUAGGGAAUAUUUUUAUACAGACUAAUAAAUUCUUGGAAAAUAAUCGCUCAGUAGGAGUGCACCGGGUGGGCAGAGAGGGUUAGGCUUUUGCACUGCAGCAGCAACUUCCGGGUUUGGGGGGAUCCCCCCCCCUCCCGUAGCGCGGGGGAAGUUGGUUGGGGGAGGGAAUGAGUCAUAACAAUCGCAGCAACAAUUGCAUGCCCUGGCAUCAUAUUUUCCCCUCCGUGUAACUGACCGCCUCUAGCUGCUGCUCGUAACCCUCUGGUUCCCCAGUGACAAUGCUUUGUCUUCAUUGGGGCACUUCCCUGUUUUCGAGAAACCUUACAACAACCCUGUAAAUAGAGGCUGAUCUUUCUCUGAAAACGUGGGUACAAGUUUGGGGGGAAGAAGUGGAAAGGGGCUUCGAUAAAGAUCAUGGAAGAGAAUGGUGAGGACGUGAGUUCACUGGCGGCCUACAUUUCAACGGAUGGUAGCUACACAGAGACCGUGCCAGUGCCGAAUCAUGGCACAAUGACGCCUUCUUCCCAGGGGUCUUCCUCCGCUACCAAAUCACGCCGCCAACCAGUUUGGACUGACGAGGAAACGCGGGCCUUCAUCCAGGUGUGGGGUGAUGACGCUGUGCAAAGUGCUCUGGCUUCCAAUUAUCGCACAGUCGCACAGUUUCAGUGGAUAGCUGACGAAAUGCGCGCCCGGGGAUACAACAGGGACUGGGAGCAGUGUCGCGAACGUGCCAAGGUGCUUCGACGCGGCUUCAAAGAGAUAGUGGAUGGGAACAGCAAUGCGGGCCACGGGCGCCGAGUGUGGCCGUAUUUUGAAGAACUUAAUCGCUUUCUUUGCAUCAAGCAAAACCUGGUCGUCCCGCGGCUUUCAGGGAGCAACGCGAGGCCUCCUGUGGAUCGCCGACGUCGGGAGCACAGAGAAACGCAAGAUGCCGGCUAUGAACCGCCGCUGUCUGUAGGAAAGAGUGACAAAGGGACUUUUGAAGAGCCCGACGGGGAUUGUUUGCUGCUGCCUGAAUCAGCUGGCUCGCAGCAGAGUGAAGCUAACUUGGAAAACCAAGCAGCAUCUCCUGCAGCAAACUCUGAUAUAUCCAUGGAUGGGAGUGUUGGCCCUGGUACCCCCACAGAUCCUCUGCCAUCCAAUGACUCGCUCACUGCGCCCAACCUGCGCCCUCGACCGCUGACCGCCGCAGAGAGGAUGCGCAACCUUCGUUGCCGGCAGAGAAAGCGGAGGGGGGACACCUUGAAGGAGCUGAUGGAAGUCACUUCUCAGGCCACCAGCGAACUCGUCAGGACACUGUCUGACCUCACCCACAAAGAAGUGGCUUCCUUUGAACGUGCCUACAAGGAGGACCUUUCAGCACGCAAAGACGAAAUGGAACAGAGCGCCGAGGACAUAGGGAGGCUCGUAAGCGCUCUGGAAUCGAGUGAUCAAACUCUGAAGGAGCAACUGAGUAGCCAGACAAGUGUACUGCAGGGCAUCCUGGAAGUCAUGAAAGACAUACGGGGCAGAACAUCUUACAGUCCUCCGUACCCUUCACAAUAUUACGAUUUCUCAGGCCCUAGCAUGAUGCAUCCGGCUGGCACCUCCUCCAACGGCCAGGAGAUGCCGUGUCCCUCCCCCUCCAGCCUUGCGUUUCCUUCCCAGCAAUCCGCCACCAGCAACGGAGACGUCUCUCCUCGGAAGCGAAUGAAAUGAAAGUCCUGAAACAAGAGAGGUGUUCCGUGCCGCUUAUUUAGUAUCCUUGUUGAAACCAUCUCUCCAGCUAUCGUUUGAUCUCGUUAUGACACAUAUAUAUAUUGCUUUUUUCUUACUGCCUUCCUUAUUGCAUAGUUAGGGUGUGUUUUCAUCAUAUUUCAUACGCAUCGACACAGCCUUCUGUUGUGGAAGCGGCUGCCGGCAAUGUACAUUUACUUUUGAUUUCUAUCUUGAGUGUACUUUACGCUAGUUUCCCUUCCACCCUGUUUCGAGAGGGAUGCAGCGUUUGAUGUACAAGCGGAAAAGGUUUUUCGAUCCACUUAACGCGUUACUGGGUACCUGUAAAAAGGUAAUCUGUGGAAAGUAAUAAAGCUGCACUGUUGUUCCAAAAUAA